UUGAGCUGCGGGAGGAGCAACAGUAGGUGGUUCUUUCACUGAGUUCUCUCUCCUCUGCUGUUUUUCUUUUCUCUUCAAAAAACUGUGUGGGGCUGAAACCGAAAGACUCGUAAAAUGAGCGCAGGCUGUCGAUCGUGCUCAUUGUCGCUGUUUCCUGUUGAAGAGGAGGCCAUUUUGUAGAGCUUAAGAAGAAGACCAGCAAAGUUGUCCAACUUCUUUGUUUUUUUUCUCUGACGGUCUGACGAUCACGUUUGUGGACUUUCUCCUUAGUGGAACAACUGCAGGAGGUAGAAGUGACAAGAGAAGAACAAGGAGGAAGAGGAGGGUCGUUCCCUCCGAGUGUGUUUCUCACCUAUGCAACGAGAAGUUUGAAGCGCACCUCCUGGAGUGGGAUCCCUUCCUUUUAUUCCGGUGGGAAGCUCAAAUGAGCUCCGUGAGCACCUUUGAAUGAGCCUUUCCUCUCCCGAGUGCGUGUUGUUGAGUUUCCAGAGCUUCACAGGUGUGAAGAUGGCCAACCACAGCCCCUGCAUGCCCUCGGGACACCUGGGCCAGGUCUUCUUCCCCCCAGGGACCCCUGCAACACUGCCUGGUUCUUCUGCCCUGAGCCCCGUCCACACGCCGUCCUUGUCCCCCCAGAGUGCCUUCCCACCAAUGGACAUGACCCAGGGGCAGGGUUCAUUAGGGGGUGGCCCCUUGCCCCUCAUGUCCCCAACUCCACCCGGGGUGUCCUUCAGCAUCCAGAUCGGCCUGACCAGAGAGUCGGUGCUGAUGCCACAGAGUGCAGACCUGGCCUACAUCAAACAGAUUGCCUGCUCCAUUGUGGACACCAAGUUCCCCGAGUGUGGCUUCUAUGGCAUCUAUGAUAAGAUAUUGCUGUUUAAGCAUGACACCUCCACCAGCAACAUCCUGCAGCUGGUUAAGGCUGCAAGUGACAUUCAGGAGGGAGAUCUGGUGGAGGUGGUGCUCUCUGCGGCAGCUACAUCAGAAGACUUCCAGAUCCGUCCUCACACUCUAAACGUGCACUCCUAUCGGGCCCCGGCUUUCUGCGACUACUGUGGAGAGAUGUUGUUUGGACUGGUCAGGCAAGGGCUCAAGUGUGAUGGGUGUGGAUUAAACUACCACAAGCGCUGCGCAUUCAGCAUUCCAAACAACUGCGGAGCUCGGAAGAGGCGCCUGUCCACCAUCUCCCAGAGCAGCAGCCAGUCGGUUUACAGCGUCGGGACCGCGUCCACCUGCACCGAGAACUCAGGCCUGGUGCGCUCACAUACACAAAUGCCCCGUACUCCGAGUGAAGCCCGCCGCUUCUACAAGGGUCGACCCGUGCACCUGGACAAGAUCCUGAUGAGCAAAGUGAAGGUGCCGCACACGUUCGCCAUCCACUCGUACACGCGUCCGACGGUGUGCCACUACUGCAAGAGGCUCCUCCGAGGGCUCUUCAGACAGGGCCUACAGUGUAAAGACUGCAAGUUUAACUGCCACAAACGCUGUGCAUACAAAGUUCCUAACGACUGUCUUGGCGAGACCAUUGGAGAAAACAGAAGUAACAGUGAUAUGCUGAGUUCCAGCAUGGACCCAGAGGUGCCCAUGGACUACACCAGCGACUACGACACCUCAGACAAGUCAUCCAUGGAUGACUCGGACGAGGCUUGCAGCAUCCCAGGCUCCUUCUCCCCCGAGAGCAACCAGGAUGGAGUCAGUGGAGAUCAGAGUGUUAACAUUCCCCUCAUGAGGGUGGUCCAGUCAGUCAGGCAGACCACCCGUCGAUCCAGUACUGCCAUCAAGGAGGGAUGGAUGGUUCACUACAGCAAUAAAGACACACUGAGAAAGAGGCACUACUGGCGCCUGGACUGUAAGUGCAUCAUCCUUUUCCAGAACAACACCUCCAACAAAUACUACAAGGAGAUCCCUCUCUCAGAAAUUCUGGAGGUACGACCUGCCGGCAACUUUACUCUGGUGCCCUCCCGAACAAACCAGCACUGCUUUGAGAUCAUCACAGGGACCAUGUGCUACUUUGUGGGGGAGGACCCCAACACGCUUCCGCCGCAGUCCCCCCCGCAGGCUGUCCCUCAGACGCCCCCUUCGCCCAGCCAAGUGGCGCCCAACAGCGGCAUCGGCCGCGAGGUGGCCACGGCGUGGGAGAGCGCCAUCCGCCAGGCACUCAUGCCCGUCAUCUUCCAGGAUGCUCCGCCAGCGGAGGGAAACACCACUCACAGGCAAGCCUCCGUCAGCAUUUCUGUGUCCAACAGUCAAAUCCAAGAGAAUGUGGACAUUGGAACCGUGUACCAAAUAUUUGCUGAUGAAGUUUUGGGAUCUGGCCAAUUUGGAAUCGUGUAUGGAGGAAAGCACCGGAAGACUGGAAGGGAUGUGGCCGUUAAAGUCAUCGACAAGCUUCGCUUCCCAACGAAGCAGGAGAGCCAGCUGAGGAAUGAGGUGGCUAUACUGCAGAGUCUGCGCCACUUGGGCAUUGUUAACUUGGAGUGUAUGUUUGAGACCCCCGAGAAAGUGUUUGUUGUUAUGGAAAAACUCCACGGCGACAUGCUCGAAAUGAUCCUCUCCAGCGAGAAAGGCCGACUGCCUGAGAGGCUCACCAAAUUCCUCAUCACUCAGAUUCUUGCAGCACUGAGACACCUGCACUUUAAGAACAUCGUCCACUGCGAUCUCAAACCCGAGAAUGUGCUGCUUGCCUCUGCUGACCCCUUUCCCCAAGUGAAGCUGUGCGAUUUCGGCUUUGCCCGCAUCAUCGGGGAAAAGUCCUUCCGUCGCUCGGUGGUCGGCACGCCGGCCUACCUCGCCCCGGAGGUCCUUUUGAACCAGGGCUACAACCGCUCGCUGGACAUGUGGUCGGUGGGCGUCAUCAUGUACGUCAGCCUCAGCGGCACGUUUCCUUUCAACGAGGACGAAGAUAUCAACGACCAGAUACACAACGCUGCCUUCAUGUACCCUUCCAACCCCUGGAAACAGAUCUCAAAUGAUGCCAUCGACUUGAUAAACAACCUGCUGCAAGUGAAGAUGAGGAAGCGCUUCAGUGUUGACAAGAGUCUGAGCCACGCGUACUUGCAGGACUAUCAGACAUGGCUGGACCUGCGAGAGCUGGAGACCAAGCUGUGCGAGCGUUACAUCACUCACGAGAGCGACGACAGCCGCUGGCAAGCAUUCGCCCACCAGUACACUCUAUCUUACCCGGCCCACCUCGUGGCCCCUGCCCCCGCGCCCACCUCCGACGACGACGGGGACUGCAGGGACGACGCGGACAUGCAAGGGCUCACCGAGCGGGUCAGCAUCCUCUGAUGGCAGACGCUCUCGAAAGCGGGAGUUGAGGAAUGAAGUGGCUCUGCUAACAGUGUUUACACGGUCAGUACCCUCAGCAGCUGCGUGCCCGCACUCCACUCCACGCUCACGUCCAGCUUCACAACUUUGCAGAUCAACAGCAGACAAAAAAUAAAAAAUGCUGUAUAGACAAGUUCAAUAGGUUUGCUCAGACUGGUUUAGUGAGUUUAAUUUGGCAUGAAUCACAGCCCUCCUUCGUGAUAAAAAUACACUGAUGAACUUCUUUCAAGUGACUUCAAGGAAAAGUGCACAUCAUCCACAAUCUUUAUGUGAGACAUGAACACACGUCUUUCUGUGCGUUUCAAAGAUAUAAAAAGCGAGAGCUGAGUAGUGCACGUCAUGGGACACACCUAUGCUGCCUGCAAAGACCGCCCACUAAAAGACCUCCAGCAAGGUUGUGUGUCCGUGCUGUGAGCACGUAGUAACACGUGCAUGACAACAUGUCAUACGCUAUUUUGUCAUCAUAGUCAUCAUCUUAUAUUAUGUUACGUUAUAUCUCAUCAUUUUCUGCUAGCUCUCAACAAAGGCGGUUGAACUUCCCCCCCCCUCCGCUCCCUUGUCUUCCCUGCUUUGUUUCAUGUCCUGUUUUUGUCCUGCAUUGCUCUCCAAAUCCUAAUCAUGGGAUUGAUCAAUCUCCAUGAAUCUCCACGCAAUUGACAAAAUCUUCUUGCGUGAUGGACAGUUGGGGGUAGUGGAGGGUCAGGUGCCUGGCGAAUUCACUUUCCGUUGAGGACAUCGGAAUCAUCUACCCAUUCGAAACCAUGAUAACAGGAUUGCUGCUGAUUGGAUGGGGCACUGCCCUGGUGUAUCACAAAAAACAGAGACAGCAGUCCGACACACCCAGCAGCUGCCCGUCAUGAUUGAUGGCUCGAUCGAGAGACCAGAAUGGACAAACGGGUCAGCCGAGUCUAUUGGAAUGUGGCUACCGCACUGACCCGAACAGUUGAAUUGUAUUUGACCACCCCCCCAACCCCGGCAUCUGCCUCCACCAAGGUGGGUGCUGUAACAACUCCGCCAUGAGACUGCUGCAGUGAGACGCUCUGCCCCUCAUUUUUUUUCUUCACGGACACUUGUUGUUUGUUGUCUCUGUCGGGGGCCUGCUCAUGGACGUCUCCACGGCAACUGCCGUGUUCUCGCGAUGACAUCCUGCAGGCUUGUGGUGCCAAGAUGGUUAUUUGGUUAUUUGUGUCUGUUGCAGAGGUUUUUUUGCCACUCCCCUUCCCUCUUGUUGUUCCCUGUCCUCUCUCCCCUUUUUAUCGCCCACUCAUCCUGUCCUGUGUAGCCCCGUUUUAUUGGUUGGUAUGUUGUAUAUGUGUGGACGGAUGAUUGUUCCUCUGCACACGUGUAAAGAGUAAAGGCCGUUCUGAUAACGGGACACCUAUUUCGACUAUAAAGCCAUCUAAAAAAGCUCCAACAAGGUUUUCUGGUGUUCUAUCCAUGCUGUGAGCGUGUCUUGACAGGAACAUUCAUGAUAACAAGUCAUACUUACACUAUUUUGCGUAUUUCUAAGCAUUAGCGGAACUUCCUUGCUUGAUUUCACAUAGCAACGUCGUAGAAAGGAACGCCUACACCUAGCGUUAACUUUUCCAAACCCAGAAAUAAAAACACAACAUCUCCAAUAUUGAGCCUUACCUUUAGGUCGUGUCUGAGGCGUUGACCGUGACACUGACGCGCUACGGGCGAGUCUGUGGUUGAAGCUAGUAGCUAGCCGGCUAGUAGCUAGCUGGUGUGGUAUGGCUAAGUAAUGUAGUUCGAUCGGCAUAACCGUGUUAAUAAUAAUAAUAAUAACGACAAUGUCGCUGUAGCAGACGUGUUCGCGUCUCACAUAAGGAUUGUGGAUGAUGGGCAACAUUCCAAAAAAAGUGCACUUUUCCUUUAAGACUUUAAGACUUGCACUGUUGUGGUAACGUCUUUCCACAAAAGCUCACCCAGAAACAUCCUGUGGCGACAACUGGAAGUAUUGAUUAGGCGACGGCGUGUCUUCCUGCAAUGAAUGCAAGCCACACUCUUCUAGAAGCUCUCGUGUCCUGAAGUAGCGCUUAGGAUUUCCAUUUCCUGUGUAUAGCUUUGAAUAUCGAAACAACAGUCUUUGACAGCAAGAACACCAAGGCUUGUGGCAUUGAUCAUAGCUGAUCAUGUUGACAUGUUGCAUGUUUUCAUGUGUUUUUAUUCCAGUCGUCCGCUACUUGCAUGUGAACCCUGAAGAUGACGACAUGUUUGAAAUGAGAUGCUUGACAUUGUAGCGCAAUACAAACCUACAGGAAUAUUCUCUUUUAGUUGUGUCCUUUUUUAUUUCACUCACACACUUCUACACUUCUGCACAUUGUGGAGUGGCCUUUUAUUGUGGCCAGCCGAAGGCACCCCUGUGCAAUAAUCAUGCUAAUCAUGCUCGAUGUGCCACAGUCGUGAGGUGGAUGGAUGAUUUAUUUAUUAGGUUUGUGACAACUAUGGGAGAGAAAAACGGGCUUUUGUGUACGUGGAAAUAAGCUUCACAUCUUUCAGUUCAUGUCAUGAAAGACGUGAGCAACAACAAAAGU